AUGGACCUGGAUCCUUCCAUGUCAAAAAUCGACGACGACGAGCAAGAAUAUCAGUGGUACGCCCCGUUCUCGGAGCCAGAUCCAGAAAUCGACCCCGCAACGCAGGCGCUGCUGGCUAUGAAUGAUGGGCUCCCGAAUUAUCAAGACUUUGUAAGCUUCCCCCCACCUGGACAGACGAGCAACCCAGCGUUUCUGCAACAACUACUACCAGAGGGGCCUUACUCACAACACGCGGCAGGUCCACCUGGUGAUACGAUGAUGACUGCGGGAUGGGCGCCGAUGCAGGCGCACACUCAGGACGAUGGUCUUCUGGGGAUGGUUGGACCUUGGAUGGCAGGACCCGGACCUGAGAUGCAAGGAUUCCAGGGUUGGGAACUACCGCCGGCAGGUCUAGAUGUGAUGGCUGCGGCGUGGGCGUCGAUGCAGCAGCAAACGCAGGAGGAUGGUUUUCUGGGGAUGAGUGAGCCCUGGAUGGAAGAACCAGGACUUGAGAUUCGGGGAUUUCAGGGUAUGCAGGAUAACAGUCUUCUGGGGAUGAAUGAGCCCUGGAUGGGAGAGCCCGGACUUGAGAUUCAAGGAUUUCAAGGUAUGCAGCAAACCCAAGAUAACAGUCUUCUAGGGAUGAAUGAGCCGAUGGAAGAACCCGGACUUGAGAUUCAGGGAUUUCAAGGUAUGCAGCAAAUCCAGGAUAACAGUCUUCUGGGGGUGAAUAGGCCCUGGAUGGAAGAACCUGGACUUGAGAUUCAAGGAUUUCAAGGUAUGCAGCAAAUCCAGGAUAAUGAGCUCUGGAUGGAACCCGGACGUGAGAUUCAAGGAUUUCAUAGUUGGGAACCAUCGUCGGCAGGUCCACCGGAUAUGAUGACUGCGGCAUGGGCGCCAGUGCAGCAAACCAAGGAUGGUAGUCUGAGGAUGAAUGAGCCCUGGAUGGAACCCCGACCUGAGACUCUAGGAUUUCUUGAUUGGGACCCAUCGCAACAGCAAGAAGAUGCUCGUCUUCAGAUGACAAACAGACCUCAGGUGUCUCCUCGACAGCGAAAUAUGUGGCCAGAGGAUACCAUGGAGGUGGGGAACGUAUCGCCGUAUCCAGAAGAGCUGGCUCUCGACGACGAAGAAGAAGAACCUCCGGAGGGCAUUGGAUUGGGCAUAGAAAUGGGCUUGGGCAUGGACCUGCCCUACCCUCGAGGAAGCCAGGCCCAAGAAGCACCACGACCACAGCAAGAGCCCGGCGAGCCAAAGCAGUGGCUUCUGCAACAAAGUGUGUUCUGGGAGCCUCAGAUGGGUCCUGGCUCACGCGGCUACGUCGGGAUGUCCCAGCAGCGACCGCCACAAAGUUACGAUCAACCAAACCACCCGUCGAUAUCCAUACAAGCCGCUGCCCGGCCACCACAGGUCCAGACCAGCGGGGCUCACGAAUGCCCCCACUGCAAUCGCCAAUUCCUCUAUCACUCCCGAAUGAGCCAUCACGUCAGAGUAUACCACGACCAUUCCCGGCCCUUCCUCUGCUCCGUCGAGCGCUGCAACAUGAGAUUCAGCCGAUCCAACGAUCUCGUCCGCCACUACCGUAAUCACCAUCCCGAUCUUUCUCCUGCGGAAGCUUACCGCCACGUCCAACUCGCUUGUCAGGAAGUUUGA